CAACAAAGAACAAAGAACAAGCGACGCUCAAGAAUACGAAUACGAAUACGAAUACGAAUACGAAUACAAAAUACGAAAACGAAAGCGAACACGAACUCAACGAACGCCGGAGACAGAGCAGUACGGUACUGUGCUUCGCAAACCCAGACAACAUGGCGCCCCCGUCCUCUUCUAACACUUCCAGAAUCGCAGCCAACGACGGCACUUGCGGCCGACGAAGAACGCGACGCAGCCGAAUGGGCAUUCUGGUUUCGUUCCUGGUUGUGUCCCAGGGCCCGGCUUCCGCUUUUGUGUGCACAUCGCCGCUGGCAACGCCGGUGCAAUCCAGCCACCCGCCGUCGAUGCRCGCGUCGCUCUUCGUUCCCGGCCCGCCCCUCGAGGGUCCGGUUCCAACGAGCACGUCGCUGCACGGAGGCAGGGGAGCUCUUGCAACGAAUGCCACGCAGCAACACAAUUCCGGGCACGAACACGAACACGAACACGAGGAACGAUCCCCGUCGUCCGUCGAAGAAUUGCUGCGGUUCCACGAAUAYGGGGAACGGAUCGUGAAACUCGCCUUUGACAAAACCGAUGGAAGCUUCCUCGGGGAACGGUUUGUGUCCCGAAACGGAGGCGSGGAAGAUGCAGGAUCCCCGUCCCCAAGCGAAAGCGAAAGCAUCUACGCAGAGGUCCAAGACGGAGGAAUUGCAAGGAUCUGCCGGAUCCUCAGGAUCAUGCCUUCACCGCCCGCGAAAAAGAAGGCCGGCGGACAAAAGCCGAACUCGCUCCGGGCCCCCCGCCUGGAGGUCGGAUUCUUCCGGGACGACGACAAAGACGGCGGGGAUUCCGAAACAAAGACCAUUGAUCUCGGGCAGAUCACCACCAUAUGGACGGGCCUGGAGGACGAGCUCGGGGAGCGGAGGCUUCGGAAAAAGAACCAAUCGACGGACACGAUUUGCGGAAAGGUCCAGGAGUGCCUCCCCGUCAACCACGUGGACGAGUCCUUCGAGUGCAGGUACAAAUACCACGUGGGACGGGGCAGAAGCGCGCAGGGCAUGACCAAGAAGCAAACCAACAUGAUCAGCGCGGCGGCAUCCGUCGCGGCGUCCUCCAACUCCUCGACCUUUGAGGAAACCGAGGAACUCCGGGUCGCCAUCGAUCGCAUCCUGAAGCAGUGCGUCCGCUGCGGAUCCAAGUACUCCCGGCUGAUGGAUUCGGAAUCCCUGGAACGAUGGAUGUUUUACGUCGACGUGGAGGGAUCCAUCGUGAAAAACCACACGAGGGAUACGUCCAUGAUCGAGAGACGGAUCUUUUGCGCCAGGGCACUGGCGGAGGACGCGGAGCGGGCCGGGAGGUUCAAGCGAACACCCUGUGUGUGGCUGCCACCGCCGGCCGAUGGCAGCGAAAGCGGCGGCGACGAAACGGUGCUGACCCUCCUKAACGGGGGCUGGACCGUCGUCGACCAGAGCGUUCGGGCCGCCACCGAAGCCCGCAACUUUGUGGACAAGGCAAUGAACAAAGGCAGCGGGCCAGCGAUCGGAAARUCGUCGUCGCCCUACGACCCGAACAACGAACGAAUUCUUUGCCGGCUGGAAUCCCUGGCGUGCGGAGAAAAACUCCGAAAGCAACAGCGGGGAGGCAACGCCGGUGGCGGGAGCAUCAAGCUCGAGGUAGACGUGAGGACGGUGCUCGAGACGAUGAAUCUUCCGCUGUCCUCGGAGGGGGCACGGGAAGCCCUGAUUCGGAUGGGGAGGUGGACGAAAACGGGAUCGGUCUCGGAGAACGGCGAGACGACAACCCAAUACGAGCGCUGGUCCCCAGAGGUUUUGGAAGCAGCAAAGUGGUACACCCUCAUGGAUGGCAUUCGGCGGGAGGAAAUGAAAUCCGAAAUCCUGGAACGCCGAUCCGGAACACAAGCGGCCAAGAAAAAUUCCCCCUCGGCCCUCGAGGGACGCACCGAUCUCACCGGUCUCCCUUGCAUUUGUGUCGAUGCCCAGCGGGUUUCCUUCCGGGACGAUGCCUUCGGCAUCCGAAAGCGUUCGUCCACCGGCCGCAAGGUCAAGAAAGAGGCAUCGGAAUGGGAAUURAUGUUCCACAUCGCCGAUGUCUCCGACAUUUACUCGCCCGAGCCGGUGGUAGUGGGCAGCGCCUGCGCCUCCGGUGYCACGGAAGGCCAACCCACGGCGGCGAAGACACCGAUCAAAGACCAAAAGAAGCAUCUCCGGGAACUCGAAAAAGCGGCUCGCAGUCGGAUYAGGAGCGAAUACAAUCUCCCCCUGGGACCGCUGCAUCUKCUUCCCACGAAUGUUUUGGCCUCGUUGUCACUCGACGCCUUCAAGCAAGACUUCUCGAGUGACCCAUCGACCUGGCCCACSUCUUGGCAAACAAUGGAUCGAGAACACGGAUCGGUAAACCGGGCCGUAACGCUGUGGGUAUACAUAGACGAACGAAACGGUUUUAUACUCGACAUGGGUUUUGAGCGAAGCAUUAUUUCGCGCCCACUGGCACUGAGCUUUAAAACAGCAACAAACCUUCUCGAAGCAUCGAACGAGCAGCAGCGGMAAUUCCCACCGAUGCUUUCGAAGGCAAGGGUACUGCUCAGCAAGGUCGAGCAAAACAUCGAGAAAUACGAUGAAUACCGCAUGAAAACCCAAGACAGCGCCCGGGCACGCGAGAAAAAACUAGCGUCCAGGGAAUUCGUCUCGAACCAGGUAUACCGAGGUCGCAACCAAAAAAACCGACGAGACGAUGGUUCGGACGGCUUCCAGCGAAGCCGCGGCCACAAACUGGUCGAYUCGAUUCUCGAAUGCUACGAAAGUGCGUUUCGGAUGAUGAUACGAAAACGCAAGGCUUUGGUGCCCCACCAUCAGGGUUUCAAUAACGACGGGCGUUCGGCUUCGUCUCCUCUGCGAACUUAUCUGCACGGACUGGCUCAACGGCAGGCACUUUCCAUCCUGUGCGGUUAUGGUGGCAAACCCAUUGACGACAAACAAUGCAAAGAAGUUGGGCAAACCAUAAGGAACACCUAUACAGCAAGACAGCAUGUAGGCGGUGCUAUCAAAGGUCCAAAAGCGGUAUCGAAACAACAAAGGCAAGCAGYUCGUGCUCUUGAUUUUCACCUUCAAAAUCACCCAAGAUCGAGAAACCGUGUCGUCCCCGCCAUCAGCACCGGUGUGAAUAGCGAAGUCGUKAUACAGGGGGUCGGGGCUAUCGCACUUUGCAAGGAGGUCCCAGGAACUAUUGCUAGGGGUGUGAAGGUCAUGGUGAAAAUUUUGGAUGUUGACGCUAAGAAUGGAAAGGUCGUGGUUGCUCUUGACAAAAUCGUCUAAUUAGUCCUACAAAACCAAACCUUUUGGUGUACAUCAAGAGUUGACCCAYUCCUACCCGUAUAGAGAAAAAAUAAGACGUSCCGUCCGAAGUUAGCUCUCAGCAUAGAAUAAGGAGGAAUUUACGAACUGUCAGGAUCAAGCGACGUCGAAUGCGUUCGUUGGUUAUUAGAACAGUAAAAAUAUAAUGGUAGUGCUUAGGAACUAGAGUUUGAGGUGUGUAUUYAUUCGUUGAAAGACGUAAUGCGAUGAUCAUAAAAUGCCUUGAUUUUGAAGUUGGUGGCACACUGUACYGUCCUCGCAUGAUGAGCUACAGCAGCGGCUAGGUAACGCGGACUUGGCGAUGACAGAGGAGGUUGCAACGGGGCCCGUUGUGCCCGCCAGCGUUCCAUCGGCCCCAACACAAAACUUCGUCGUUUGUGAGACUUUAAAAGUCUGAUUCGAACCACCACUACCCUGCCAAAUUGUUUCGUUCUCGAGAGCAAGGGAAUAGUGCCCAUUGCCGUGCUUACAACAAAUGCCGUCACCAUAAGAAUCAAAAAAUACGAACUUG